GUAACACCAUCUUAUUUACAAAUUCAUUUCGUUCGUUGCGGCUGGAAAACUACGGAAAGUGAAAGAAAAAUAUAGAAAAAAUGUCUUCAGGAGUCACCAAGCAACAAAUUCUAUCAAUGUACAGAGUUCUUCUGAGAGAAGCUGACAAGUUUCCUAACUACAACUUCAGGGCGUAUGCAUUGAGAAGAGUAAAGGAUGCAUUCAGAGACAACAAAACGCUCACAGAUCCUAAACUAAUAAAGAAACAAUAUGACUUUGCCACAGAGAACCUUGCUGUUAUAAAACGACAGGUUCUAGUAGGAGAUUUAUACAAAACAGAGAAAUUGGUCAUUGAGAACUGAAAUCAAAAGAAAAACUAUCAAGUAUGAAAAACUACAUCACAGACACUGAAAGAAACCUUGUUUAGGUACCCUUUAUUUUCUACAGUAAAUAAAUAUACAGAUCUUUGUCAAAUAAAUAUGCCAAUCUGAAGUGGCUACUUGCAACUAGUGAGUUCAUGAAUUAUGAUCAAAAUAUAUGAACAAAAGACUACAGCGUUCAUCAGAUAUGUUUGCCUCUCUGAGGUCAUUUGAUUGCUCGAGCAUGCACAAUAUAAAGUUCAUUGCCAACUUCACAGCUAUCAUUUUUAACCCCAUUUUGUCGACAUUAAGCUAAGCUGAGUACAUUUUAAAAUUAAGUUCUGAUACUCAAAUAUUAAUCUUAUGUUAUUGUUAUUCUUAGGGCCGAUUUUUCAAUCGUCAGAUAACUUUUAUUUGAAGAACAUGUUCGACGUUUUAACAGCUUUUGUAUAGAACAUAUGUCCAACUGCUAUAUUUGUUCCUCAGUAAAAAGUAAAGGGGUAUUGGGUUGCCCGGGUAACUGGGUUGAGGAGGUCAGAUAGGCAGUCGCUCCUUGU